AUGGGCACUCGCCAUUUUCCUGGCAGAACUGUCUUAUUUGAAAAGGAAAUAAGUGGAAUGACUUACCGAGUGCCAGCAUUACUCUACAUCCCAUCUGUAGCCAAGCUCUUGGCUUUUGCAGAACAGCGGCUUAGUGUGGAUGAUGCCGAUGCCAAUUUAUUGGUGCUAAGAAGGGGUACUUUCUACAUGAACGCCAUGCAGUGGGAAGAUAUGCAAACCAUUGAAACAGCAACUCUGAUGCACCAUCGAUCUAUGAACCCUUGCCCCAUCUAUGAUGAAGUCACUGGCAUGGUGUUCCUAUUUUUCAUUGCUGUGUUGGGCAGGACUUCUGAAGUCUUCCAAAUUGUCACAGGUCAAAAUGCGGCUCGCCUCUGCUAUGUGUUUAGUUCCAACCAGGGCAUCAGCUGGAGCCAUGUGACUGAUCUCACUGAGGAAGUUAUUGGCAUGUCCAUCCAAGACUGGGCUACUUUUGCCCUUGGCCCUGGACAUGGCAUUCAGCUCAAGUCAGGCCGUCUGCUCUUGCCUGCCUAUAUGUAUUAUAUUGACUGCAAAAAAUGCUUUGGAAAACUCUGCAAAACAACCCCACAUGCAUUUGCUUUCUACAGUGAUGACCAUGGGCAGAGCUGGUUCUUUGGUGAGUUUGUCCCCAAUCUGAAGACUCUUGAGUGCCAAAUGUUGUCAGUGGAUGAAGAGGAUGGAAGCCAUGUGCUCCUGUGCAACGCUAGGAGUCCUUUGGGCUUCCGGGUUCAGGCACUCAGCACAGAUGGUGGGGCAAUAUUCCAGUCAGGGCAGCUGGUACCUCAACUUGUAGAGCCUCCUCAUGGCUGUCAUGGAAGUAUCAUUGGAUUCCCAGCUCCACUUUACUGCAUGCAUCAUGGCAUCCAAGUGUCCCAGAGGAAAGCAUGUCCUGUUAAAGGGCCAGGUCUCUCAUUGCAACAUGUGAUAUGUGAGAAGUCCAAUUUUUGUCCAGCACAGCUUACUACUUCUCUGCGCAAUCAUUAUUUAUGCCACCAGCAGCUGGAAAGGUUUAUAUCAGCUGCAACUUCUGGUGGCCAUCUCAGUAGCGCUGUUAGUCCCAUGUCUUGGAAUAUGACAUGUACUCAUCAAGAUCACAAUAGUGCUGAAACAGUUUCCAAAUCAGAUACAUAUUUUGAAAUCCCAACAUGGGUUCUGUACUCCCACCCAACAAGCUCCAGAUCCCGCGACAACUUGGGAAUAUACCUCAACAUAUUUCCUAAAGAUGUUGACAGCUGGUCUAAACCCUGGAUUAUUUAUGAAGGACCCAGUGCUUACUCAGACUUGGCCUACAUUGAGUUGUCUUAUUCAGAGUUCUCAGCAACUGGGAUCCCAGCAUUUGCUUGUCUGUAUGAGAAUGGGAUGCAAUCCCCAUACGAGCAAAUAUCCUUUAGCAUGUUUACAUUGCACGAAGUUCUUCAGAACAUUCCUCUAAUAACUUCUUCUCUCAGUCAGGAGCAAUCCUCAAACUGUAGAAAGAGAAAGGGGAAAAAGUGUGCCAUUUUGUAA